AUAUAAUAACAUUUAACAUAGGCGAGUUGAAUUUAGAAAUGAUAAUAUUCUUAUUUAUAUGAUUUAAUCAAUGUAACAGAUACGAUAAAUCAAAUGUUUUAUAACUUAAGAAUAUAUUUCUUAUAGUGUAUCUCAUUUAUAAUUGGUGUUACUCUGUUAAAAAUGAGUAUAGAAUAUUCGUGAUAUUUUCUAACCUCUAAACAUUUAAUAAACUUCUUAACGCAUCUUUCACAACUAUUAACUGUAACUAUGAAUGCAGAUAUACAGAAGAAAAUUCUACAGUUUGAAGCUUUUAUAAAUGGUGUGCUAAAGGCUGAUCUUGCCAAGUUAGAAGAAAAACUUGAUAAUAAAAAUACAGAUAUUGCUGAAUUUCUUCAACUAAAGAACAUUAUCACAACCUUUCAAUCCAGCGACUUUAAUAAAACAGAUUUUAAAACUCAAGUAGAUAUUGGAAAUAAUUUCUAUGUUGAAGCUCAUGUCCAAGAUGUUUCAAAUAUCCUAUUAGACGUUGGUUUGGGACACUAUGUCGAAUUUAGUUUAGAGGAAGCUUUGGUAAUAAUCAAUGUAAGAAUUAAACUUUUAGAAAAACAGAUAGUUCAUAUAAGGAAACAAAUUGCAAGAACUAAUGCCCAUAUAAAGUUAAUUUUAAUAGGUAUCAGGGACUUACAAGGAUUACGAUAGUGACAUGUGUUAUCAAAUUGUACAAUUCAAUGCUUAUACUUUCAAAUAGGUUUAACAUAUGUGUCAUAGACGUAUGUAUAUAAUAAAAUCCCAAUUAUUUCAUAUAA